AUGAUUAAAUUACUUAAAAUAACAGUAUUUAUAAUUAACUAUCAUCCAUAGAAGAUUUAAUAACUUCCAAAACUUCUAAGAACUUUAAAUAUCUUAUAACAUGUCUCAUAAAUAUUAAAAAAUAAUACAAGAUUAUAUAUAAAUUAUUUAAUUUAUUAAUAAAUUACUCUAGUAAAAUUAGACUAGUAGUUCUUCCCAAAUCUAUUGAUAGCUUGGAGAAGAUAUAAUUCAAAAUACAAUCUUUCUUAGGAACUACAUGAUUUAGCCAAAAAUUAACUGAAAAGGUUUUUAAGAAUGGAAACCUAAUAUUAACAAGUAAUUAGAAAUCAUUUCUGAUCAUUUUGAGGAUGGUUGAGAUAAAUCAAGGGAUCAAAAAGUCUCACCACCCUUCUCAAAACCUUAUUAUACAUCGAUUUAAUUGAAGUCUUGAUGGAGAACCAUUUAUCUCAAAAUCAUAUUAAAAUGAAUACUCAUAUAAAAAAUUUUCAAUUUAUAACUUUAACUAAGACUUCC